AAAGCUUUUAAAGCAAAAAUAAUAUCGGAACCGCAUAAAAGGAUACCAGGGAAUACCAGUGCUUUAACCGUUAAAAAGCCGGUUAUUUACUUUAAAUGCGGGCAAUUAAACCAUAUCGCUAUAGCAUGCAAAAUACGGACGGAUAACCCGAAAACCCCGUUGGCUCCAGCAACCAUACAAAAAGCGAAAAGGAAAAAGCUUAAAGUACGGUAUUACGGGUAUAAGGAAUUAAGCUAUAUCCGGCUAGCGUAUUUUAAAAAAAGCAAAAUAUCGUUACCUAAUUUAACACCGCUAUUUGGCCGUUUAAGCACCGGGGCUUAA